CGUCGUAUGACUCCUCCAAGGGGCCGCAGGGGAGGAUUGAAGACUACUACGAUGUUGGAAGUCGACUUACUGCCGAUGCAUUCGGUGCAGGAGGGGAAGUCGUCCGCGGCAUUAGGAAAUCAGACCAGAAGGCUUUUGCGGUUAAGAUUAUCCGAUAUGGCAGGACAAGGGAAGACAAGCAACAGAUUCAAACGCUGACAGAGGUAAAUCACCCUGGUAUCAUUCGGCUUGUAGAUUGGUUCGAAACACCGGAGAUCCUCUACGUCGUGAUGGAGAUGGCGCUGGGAGGAGAGAUGUUUGGUAGGAUAGCAGAGCGAGGAGCCUUCACCGAGCUGGAAGCGGCAAACGCGUUCCGCCAGAUCCUGGAGGCAGUGGGGCACAUGCAUACGAGGGGAGUGGUUCAUUGCGAUCUCAAGCCCGAGAACAUUCUCUAUGAGGACGACACGGAUAGGCAGAUCAAGAUCGCAGAUUUCGGUUUUGCGCAGUUCAUACCAGGCGGCUCCGACGGGGGUCAGACCCUCACGAAGCAGCUUGGAACUCUCAGCUACACUGCGCCGGAGAUUUUGAUGGGCAUCGGAUAUGACACUAAGGCGGAUAUGUGGAGCUUGGGCGUUAUUCUCUACAUCCUCUUGUCUGGUAUCCCUCCUUUUGGGAAGAGACGAGGAGAAACGGAUCAUGACGUGAAAAGAAACAUUUGCCGCGGAAAUUGGAGGUUCUAUGAUUCACAUUUCCGGAAUGUCUCGGAGCAGGCGAAGGACCUAGUCAAGUGCCUGAUUGUGUUGGAUCCCAAGAAGAGGCUCGACUAUGAACAAGCACUCUCCCACUCUUGGUUCCAGGUUCUUGUCUACUUCCUCCGCCUCUUCCCUCCCUUCCUCCUCUUCUGCUCUCCUCAUCAUCUUCCCCUGCUCGCCUCAACUCCUACUUCUGCACCUGCUCCUUCUCCUGCUCUCUGUGCUCCCCAUUGUCAUCCCUUAAUCACCUAUCACCUUUCUGUGUCUUUCGGAUGUCUUUCUCUCCCUGUUGCUCUCUCUCGCUUCCGAUGA